CUGCAUGUGACUGACAGGCUACUCCCAGCUGCUGGUGAGGGCGAUGCCAAGGUAUAGGCGGCAGGAACUGAAAUGCAGCAGACCGAAGCUAGACCUUCUGUUUGUGAGACGAUUCUGCCGUAUCCAGGCAGUCCUCUUCCCGUCUUGGUCAUCGCAGAGUGUCCUGAUGUUCGCUACACUGCUAUCUGUCGCCCUCCUUGAGCAGCUGGUGGUCUAUCAGGUAGGAAUUGUCCCAAGCCAAUACUUCAAGGUUCUGGGUGAGAAAGACAUGGUUGGUUUUAGAAAGGUCACUAUCAUAGCCAUCUGCCUCAUCAUGGCCAACUCUUUGUUGAAGAGCUUUGAUCAGUUCAUCUCGAGUUUGAUGUAUGUACGUUGGAGGCAGAGUCUCACCCUGGACCUACACAAGUCCUACUUCAAGAGGAAAAUCUACUACGCUCUAAAUGUACUCCAUGAUGAGCUGGAUAACCCGGACCAGCGUAUCAGCCAGGAUGUGGAGAGGUUCUGCAAAGGGAUGAGCACAAUGGCCAGCAACCUCAUCAUCUCACCAUUCACCCUGGGUUAUUACACCUACCAAUGCUUUCACAGCACAGGCUGGAUGGGCCCAACCAGCAUCUUCAUUUACUUCAUAAUCGGCUCUGUGUUCAAUAAGAUUCUGAUGGGGCCGAUCAUCCCAACCCUAGUCCAGCAGGAGAAGCUAGAGGGAGACUUCAGGUUCAAGCACAUGCAGAUCCGGGUUAAUGCCGAGUCAGCUGCUUUUUACAGAGCAGGGAGAGUGGAGCACAUGAGGACCAACUGGAGACUGCAAGACCUACUGCAAACACAGCGGGAACUAAUGAACAGGGAGCUCUUGCUGUACAUCGGAGUGAACAUAUUUGAUUACCUGGGCGGAAUCAUCAGCUACAUCGUCAUAGCGAUUCCCAUCUUCACUGGACUGUAUGAUGGCCUUGCCCCUGCAGAGCUCAUCGAGUUGGUCAGCAAGAAUGCCUUUGUGUCCAUCUACCUGAUAAACUGCUUCAGCCGACUCAUUGACCUCUCAACAACCGUGUCUGACCUCGCGGGCUACACACACAGAAUUGGUGAGCUGCAAGAGAUGAUCCUAAAACUCUCCGACUCACAUCGGAAAAGCAAACACUCUCCAUACAAAGAAAUGUCGGGUUUUGAAGAGGACUGUUUGGAUUCGGGAAAGGAGGCGGAAUCUGGCGACACGGCUUUUAUCCUGGAGGAGGUGUCCUUUACCGCUCCGUCCUCCGAGGCGCUGUUGGUGAGAAACCUAACCCUGAAGGUCACGGCAGGGCGCAGCCUCUUGGUAACGGGCAACACGGGCACUGGGAAGACCACACUGCUGCGUGUCCUGAACGGACUAUGGGAGACCGCCCAUGGAUCUGUCCACAUGCUGACUCCCUUUGGACCGCGGGGAAUUCUUUUUCUUCCCCAAAAACCAUAUUUCACCGACGGAACCCUCCGAGAACAGGUGAUUUAUCCUUUGAAGGAAAUCUACCCCAUUACAGGUUCAGCCGAUGACGAGAGAAUCAUCCGCUUCUUAACGCUAACUGGAUUGGUGUCACUCCUGAAGAGGACUGGAGGGCUGGAUGAGAGAGUGGAUUGGAAUUGGUAUGACGUGCUAUCUCCGGGAGAAAUGCAGAGACUGUCCUUCACUCGGCUCUUCUAUCACCAGCCUAAAUAUGCAGUAUUAGAUGAAGCUACAAGUGCACUAACGGAGGAGGCAGAAAGAGAGCUGUACCACACCUGCAGACAGCUGGGGAUGACUGUCAUCAGUGUGGGACACCGCAGCAGCUUGACAAAGCAUCAUGAUUCCAUGUUAUAUCUGUUCGGAGAUGGGAAAUGGGAGCUCACUAAAAUACACUAACGAAAGAUUCCGAGGUUGCGCUCACACUCAGUCUAACUGCUGUCCACAAGCCAGAUGCCAAAGAAUGGAACCUAGGAGUGGUCAGCAGUAUGGCCAGAUUGUUAAACUCUACCUCACGUUUCCCUCUCCUCCUGGUUUUGCUUUCCUUGAGGAAACUUUUUAAUGUUUUGGCUACUUUUGAUGACUUAGAACCAAAUAAUGCAUCGGUGGCUAUGGAAUGAGUGAGUGCAGCCACACAACCCGGACACUCCGAUCUGUAGCUGGAAUUGUAUUAUCGAAUAACCAAGGAUAGUGCGUCUGCUGGUAAUGUUUCUACCCCGGGCGCUAGAGAAAGAAAUUUGCUUUUUUAAACCAAUAACCGCCUAAUAUUUUUUUAACGAUGAACUACUCUGAUUGCUGUAAAGAGAUUUUUAAAACUAUUUCCUAUCCCUUCUUCCUGUGCUAUCUCAGUUAGGAUCAGCCAGACUUGGUAAUCAAAACUGGGACCUCGGGGGUCGGUACAGUUCAAUUACUGUCUUUAUCCAACUAAGCCAGUGGGCGGGGCGAGGGGGCAAGACACUAAUUUUUAAUAAUUUGUUGCAGAGGAAAUGAACACCUAAAUGGGGGCAGAAUAGUGUCUUUUAGAAGUGAUAAAAGCAACAUGCUGCUGAUGCUGGAAAUCGGAAACAAAAAACAGAAAAUGCUGGAAAAACUCAGCAGGCCUAGCAGCAUCUGAGAGAGAGAGAAACACUUUUAAAAGUGAAUUUUCUCUUGAGUGCAGCUGGGUGGCUUUUCAAUUAUUGUUGCAGCAAUGACCAGACCUGACUGAGCUGCUCGAGGGUGUAUUGAGCGAGAUGGAGAGCCCUGCAUAACUGAACAUCGUGACCUCCUCCAGACACUGAUGUCAUCUUCCAUUGCACCCUCCAUAUUCUGGUUUCAUUGCUUUCUUGUUGCACUGGCUCUAUUGUGGUGGCUCGGACAAUUAUACAACCCGGAACAGUGGCUUGGGUAAGACACAGCACUCUUAAGGAUGUAGCAGUCAGUUUGGGCGAGGAUGCAUGAGUGUUUUAUCGGUGACUCCGCGAGUGGGGAAAUGUUCUGUCCAUCGAAGUGGCUUAACUCAAGGCCCCCGAAUGAUCCAACAAGUAAAGGAAAUGACCUGAGAGGAAAGACUGGAGAAACCUGAGCACUUACUUGCUGGAGAGGUUUAACAGGACUGCAACGAGGUAUCUGAAGUCUGAACGGGUGCUGAUGAAGUGAGCCCAGAAAAUGACCCUCCAUUAGUCAAUCCAGUAGUACCAGAAGACACUGUUUUAAAUUCACUUUAAAUUUGAGCUUGGUAAAGAUGUCUUUACUGAGCGAGUGAUAAGCUGUUGUAAUGUAGUGAAAGGAAAGACGUUAGGAGGCAUUUAAAGAGAAGCAGGGCGGUAGCAGGCUGCAUAUGUAUGGGCCAAAUGGGUUUCCCAUACCCUUCAAACUGUGCCAAAGGAAUAUGAAAACUUUUUUUAAAAGUAACUGGAAAUCAAGAGCAAAGUUAUUAUUGAAUUACAAUAUAAUAUUUAGAGGGAUGUUGCCUAUUGUAAAUCUUCAAUAAUGUUUUACAUAUCAGUGCCUUCAAAUUAUUUUUGCUGAAUAUUUGAGUUUCUUAAGGCAUGUGUUUUGUUUGAAAAAAGUACUUUCUCUGCUUCCCCUCCACCGCAUCAGAAAAAACCAUUGAUGAAAUGUAAAGGUCCCUCUGCUCUGUGCCCAUAAAGUGCCUGGACCACCUCCCAACUUCAGAUCUACAUAGCCUGCUCUGUCACUAAUCCCAUACCUCGUAUCAGUUAAGGGGAAGACGAUGGCGUGGCAGUGUGGUCACUGGACUAGUAAUCCAGAGACCCAGGCUAAUGCUCUGGGGAGAUGGGUUCAAAUCCCACAGCAGCCAGUGGAAUUUAAAUUCAAUUAAUUAAUCUGGAAUUGAAAGCUAGUCUCAGUAAUGGUGACCGUAACAGCUAUCACCGAUUGUUGUAAAACCCAUCUGGUUCACUAAUGCCCUUUAAGGAAGGAAAUCUGCCAUCCUUACCUGGCCUGGCCUACAUGUGACUCCAGAUCCUCAACAACUAUCCUGUAUUGCCUAGCACGCCACUCAGUUCAAGGGUAGUUAGGGAUGGGCAAUGAAUUGGCAGCAACACCUACAUCCCAUGAAAGUAUAAAGAAAAAAAUAAUCAGUUACUCCGUGUUCAAUGUCCAGUUUAGUGAAGGCUCUUUUGAGUGUAAUUCUGAUUUCUCAGUUUGUUGCGAAGUGUCACAAAGGAAAUCUUGUGGUGGCCCUGCCUCUGAGUCAGAAGCUCCAGUUUCAAGUCCUACACCAGGACUUCAUGGCCAAGGAAGAUGCAUCCAUGAUGCCAAGCCUGUAAAUCCUUCAAUACACAUCAACGGCAGACAGUAAAAGCAGGAGAGAUUCCUGGUCAGCCAUGUAAUGGAAAGAAAGUGGGAGCGUCCACCAUCACUAUCCAUAGCUCCAGACCACAACAUGCAUGUAAAAGUGCAUGUUGCCACAGGACUCCCUGAGUGAUCUGUAGCACAUUGCCACCAUAAGUGUCACAAACAAUGGGGAAGCAGUGGAAGUUGGACCAGAAACUCAGAACUGCUGCUCAUGAAUCUGCCCAAUGCCUCAGUGGGUAGUGUGACCAUUAUACAGAAGAGCAUGGCUCCAGCUUCCAAGCUUUAAACUGUGUAGAGAUAACCUGACCUCAGCUUGAGAUGAGUCACAGUCGCUCACAGCAUCCAGGUAGAGCUUUUAUUCCUGACUCCAGUCCAGUCACUAGUACUUUCCCCUGACUCCUGUCCAAUGACCGGUGCUGUAGAGGUUCUCUGAUUAGGACUGAAUUGGGAAUGGCUGCCAACAUUCACAGCCCAGGCACAGGUCUAAACAAUGGUCGAUUGUCAGAGAUACUGGAGGGUGACCCAGUUUGAAUCACUGCCUUCAAAAGCCAAGAGAUAAGGAAAAGGGACCGGGAGUGAGGAAAAUAAGAGGUUGCUGGCAACCCGAUUGUGACUCCACCGUUAGGCUAUAUAUCAUUGCGUUCCCUGGUGUCUAUCAAAGUACCUCUCUCUAAAUCUUCUAAGCAUGUUAUACGCUUUAAAUAAUCUUAAAAUAGACUGUAUCAGCCUUGUUCAGUGUCUCUUUGAAAAUGUUCUUUUUACAAAAAAUUCACAUGAAAGACUUGUAAUUAAAAGCAGGGGAAUCCUGGUUUAGUUGGUUUGAAAUAUCGGAAAUAGCAAAACAUGAGAACAAAUGGUUCACUGUGGAGCUCACAUUAAUGCUGUCCAACUGCAGGCGGGGGGGUGGUUUAUCAGGUGCCCCAACUCACAACUCUACAGCUGAGGCGAGAUCAGGUUAGAAAGAGAAUCCCAGGUAUGAACCUGUGCCAGCACCAAAUCCCAUGUGUCGCUCGCUCACUCCCUGCUCCGCUGUUAUAAUCAGCUGCUUAGAACAGGAAACCUUAGAAAAAGUUGCAUUCCUGGGAUGGAGUGACCCCCUCCCCCCAAUGUGGGUUCAUUCCAGAGAACACUCCACUGAUCUAACUGAAACUGAAAACAAAUACUCCAAAAAAAAAAUCAGUUUAAGCAACCUCGCUUUAUUUAUAGGAGAAACCAUUCUUCUCAGUCCACAGAUUUUCACGGAGAGGUUUGAUAUUUGUGUCCAGUUGAAACUUUGUAGUGGAUGAAUAAUAUUGGUCACUAUAAGGAGAUAUGUGCUAAAAAAAUAAGACAGCAAGGCAUUGCGGUAAUCAUUGCCUCACCCUUCAAAUUUCCAUUGGUGCCAAUCAUUAUGAAGACUUUAUAAAUGAUCCGUUUUUUAAAUAAAUGUUUUCUGCAGUGUUGUACUUGGCACAUGCCAGGGAACACCCAACUGCUGGGAGAAAAGAGAGGAGUUGGGCCUGUACUGUUCUAACCUGGACUGUUGAGGUUUAAGAUGUGCCUCUACCUUCUGUCAGUGAUGUUUUCCUGAUUUUUAAUCAUAGCCCGCAGCUCCUAUAACUUUCUAUGUUUGAAGAAACAACAAAACAUUUUUAAAAAAUCAAAUAGAAAAAUACAGUUUGGCGGAUCUUGUUGAGAUUCUUAAGGGAACACUAAAGUGCUAAACAAGUCGCUUUCUCUCUCUCUCUCUCUCUCUCUCUCAAGUCCACAAGAGUUGGCUGGAGAGGCCACUUCUGAAAUAUAGCCCACGGUCCUUUCAAUAGCUUCAAAAAUGAAGCACUUUGGACAACUUGCACACACUUACAGAAUGGACACUGGGUAAGAAUAGUCAGGCUGGGCCCAGGUGCUGUCCCCUGCUAGGCAUAAUGCAUUGUCAAUGUCAGAUGCUGUGCCUCAGCUAUUCACAGUCCUGAGCACUUGUAACAGCCUGAGCCAACAUUCUUUUCCCCGGUUUGUUCCACUGUCUCUCCUCCCCUGGUUCUUGGCUGUUGGGUGUCUACAGUUACCCUGCGAGAGUGGCCGUUCUACCCAUGUAAACCAUGAUGGAGAGUGUUUAACUGCAGAGGCAUCAUAAAGCAAUACAGCACCUUUCAGGAUGGUAAAAUCUCAGCACUGGUAGUUGUUAGGAACGAGAGGCCAUUUUGGUUGUAAUGUGUUGCAUUUGAAUUUAAUUUUACAAAAAUAAAAGUCUCUGUUUAAAAACCUCA